CAGAAUCAAGUGGGCUAUCCACCACCUUAUGGGCAGUGGGGCCAGUGGUAUGGAAACGCCCAGCAGAUCGGCCAGUACAUGCCUAAUGGCUGGCAAGUCCCUGCAUAUGGAAUGUAUGGGCAGGCAUGGAACCAGGGAUUCGGUCAGACACAGUCAUCUGCAGCAUGGAUGGGUGCAAAUUAUGGUGUACCACCCCCUCCUCCGCCCCCCCCUCCACCACCCCAGGGGCAAAAUGGAAGUGUUCUAACUAGUCAAACUGGAUAUCGGAUGGCAGGUUUUGAAACACAGUGAGAGACAGAAGGACUCUGGAAUAGAACACCUGUGGCUUUGAGGCUGUAUGGAGCAUUGUAAAAUCCUUUGUUUACUUAAAAAAAAUCUAUCCAAUCAAGUCAGUGCAAAAGUCAAACAGUAUUUAUUUUUAAUCAUGAAACUUUGUUGUUCACGCUUUUUUUUAAAAAACACACAGGAGAUACUAGAUGCUGGAUAUCUGCCAACUUUUGCCUUCUUUUCCUCUUUUGAGAUGUGUUUCUUAAGAUCCAUGUUUGAAACACAACUAAUGCAGGGAUUUCUGCCACUUUUAGUAUAGCGGCAGGAAAUUGCACAAUAUCAAACUUUUUUUUCCACUGAAGUAGUAUGCAGUCUAGUUUGCAUUCCUAAUAUGACUUAAAUGUACAUGAAAGAAGUUAUACGAGAGAAAAAAGACACGCCAAAACUGUGUGAAUUCUGGGGGUUUAUUGAAAUCUUCAGUUUGUGCACAAUUCUGUUUUAAAGAGAGCCUGAUGUAUAAAGUGUCCAUCUCCUUGCUUUUGUUAUACUGGGAUUUCAAAUAUAACUUAUUCGUUUACAUUAUUUUGUAUCUAAACAUUUUUCGGAAAGUGGUUUUUGCCUUACUGUCACCAUUCAAUUAUGAAGUAGGAGCCAGGAUGCGGGCAAGUGCCUCGUGUUCACAGAACCCAGCUCUGCACUCUGCUCGGUGUCAGGAGGUGCCGGGGGUGUGUGUGUGUCCCUGUUCAUUGACUGAUGAACAUAAGCUCAAUUCAGAUCUUAUUAAAAUGUGACACAAUCUUAGGAGCCAGCUUUUUAAAACCUGUCCAUUUUUACAUUUACAUGUAUCCUUUAUCAUGUCAACUAUUUUAGCAAAUUAAUAUUUUCACAAAAGUCGCUCAGCUUUUGUAUGUCUCCGUUGAAAGAGUAAGAGACAGAAAGACCUCUACAUGACUUAAUGGCUAUAAUUUAAGCUUUGACUUUUGCAUGUGAAUAUUCUAAUACACUGUUAGACUUUGAAUAAACAGUCAUGCUCUCAUUUUUCAGAGAUAUAGAUACAUUGGUCUUAGCAGCUUUUUACUCACCUGGAGCAAGUCUGACUUGAUUUAACAUGUACAGAUAGAGCUAUUAAACUAUAUAGCAUUGUGUGUAUCAAGCCAGGAGUAAAAGGGGUGCUCCAACUAAAGCCUGAAGGACCAACUGGAUAAAGCAUUUUUGAAUUCAGAGGCCAAAUAAUAAUAAUAAUUAAUAAUAAUAGCAUUAUCCUACCUCCUAGCUAGCUUUCAGAAGAUGCAGAAAGAGCGCUAUCCUGGGCGUAGUGAUUAUACCCCAAUUAACAUCUGGGCACAUGGAGGUGUUUGCUUUCCGUUCUGCAUUGGUUGUAGUGGAGCAACCAAUUGAGAAGUUGCUGAUAUGCACAAGACAGUGAGCGGCCACCCUAAUUUCAUGGAACAAAAGGGGCCAGAACCAAAGUAGAGGGUUGGCUGCUGAGAAAACAAAUUGUUGUCUUAUAAACGGAUCCUGGCCCUAACAUUUUAUAAAUAAAGCAUCCCCAAAAGAUGCAACUUGUACAUUAGUUUCACUUCAUUAAUUGUCUGCUUCCUUUAAAAUUUGUAUAGGCCUGUCUUCUUUCUGCUUACUCUCUCUGCCUGCACAAUUCUUUUAAAAGAGAAAUGUGAAUAGGUCUGAGGCGAGCCUGGUGCCAUCUGGGAAUUUUUCUUUGUAUAUACUUUCAACAGCAGAAUUGAGUACAGAUUUCCUUCACAGAAGCCAGCUAAGAUCUCACAGUCAGCAAACCAAGAAAGCUUUCAACAGUUGGACAAUAUUUGUGGUCCUUGGAGUAUUGUCCUUUGAGUUGACAGCAACUCAAGCUUUAAUGCUUUCAACAAUAUGUAAAUAUUUGAAAGGGGAAGGCAAAAAAAAUAAAUUACAGUAUUUUUUAAAAGUUGAUUACUGUUUUAGUUAGACAAUACUAGAGAGCAGUGGAAGGGCCCUUCUGAGCCUCUGUGAGCCAGAGCCCGUUUCUUAAGCACCCCUGUUGGCGUCUCCCUUGUUGCUGCAACCAGACUGGGGCUCUAAGGAAAAAGGAUGGGACCCUUCCUUCUAGCUGCCUGCCCCCUUUGCCCCAGUUUCUCAUCCAGGCAUCAGCUUUGUUACUCUGGUGUGCAGAGACAAAGUGCUGCCUGGGAGUGUUGUUUUUUUCUAAGUAGCAGCAUUUUGUUUUUGUUUUAAUUUCUGUAUGAAUUUUGGAAGCUUCAUUGAAACGAAUGUGUUUUGAUACUUAUGUACAGAAGUUGAAGAACUUCACUCCAGAAGCCCUGACUUUGGAAAGCCAUUCAGAUGUUAAUAAAAAUGUGAGCUCGCGUUUACCUUG